AUGCUGCGUCGUCGACGCCUUUCUGCGGCAAGGCCGUCUAGAACUACAGCUCAUCAGGAUCAAGUUGAAGAAAGACCACAAAGGGGACGGCGACACCAGGGUGAAUUUUGGCAACCGGGAUCAUCUACAACCAGAUCUCUCAGGCGCUGGUUUCUCCCAGGAACAACACGUGACCAAAAUCUUGCAGCUUGCUUCGAGGGUUUGUCAUUGAGAACACGCCAGUAUUAAGCUGAGCUGCGUCUCUGGUGCCCCUCCCGCCGGCUCCCCUGUAAAUCUUCUAAUACAUAAAGGGUGUACUUCACUAUGCAUGAAAAAUAUCUCAUCUCGCGUCACUUCGUCACUCCACUAAAACGCCACUCAGUCUCGCUUAUAACCGUUCUGGCACUUAUGUCACGCUUAACAUGCUAAUACAUAGGGAACUGGAAGCUCGACUCAGAUUUUUUUAUCAGAUUGGCAUUCGGAGUUGUUCGCAAAUGAACACUUGUGUCUCAACAUGAAGAUUGCAGAGGAGCUCUAUUGAUUGAUAGAUCUGUAGACGAUGGAGCUGACCCUGACGCAAGAACGCGAAGAUCUUGA